AUGCUGCCUGUCAAAAUUUCGCCCUCCAAGGAGACCAGGAGACGCAACGGCGCCAACGGGUCAGAUGCAGGGGACAUCGAGUAUGCCAACCCCCACCACUCCAACGAGGGCUCGCCCCAGAAGGCCCUCCUCUCGCACUCACACUACCCCUCCUCCGACAAACCCAUGGACUUCUACACGCAGUCGGACUCGGUGAAGGCAGCCAAGGCGCAUCUGGCUGGGCCCCCCGCGGAGCUCCCCCCCAGCCUGGCAGCGGCGGUGCGCAGCGGCAAGCGCUCCCUGGCCCUGGCGGGCGGCCUGCUGCUGGGCUGCCUGGUGCUGUACGUGAUGUGGCCACGCAGUGGGUACGGCUACGGCUACGACGGCGUCGAGGAGACUGAGCACUUUGUGUCCGUGAGCGGCACACAGUUUGUGCUGGAGUGCCGGCCGUUCUAUGUGGCGGGCUUCAACGCGCAUGACCUUGUACCCAAGUCUCUGGCCAACCCAGCAGAGCACAAAACUGAAGGCAACAAGAUGGGGAUUGACUUGGUGCGCGACAUGUUUGCCAACGCGACCAAGUGGAAGCUGAACACUGUGCGCCUCUACGCGCACACCACCGACCCAGACCACCCCUUCAUGGACGGCCCUGGCAAGUACAACGAGGAGGCGUGGGAGGCGCUGGACCGCGUUCUGGACGAGGCACGCCGCGCUGGGCUCAAGGUCAUGCUGUCCUUCCUGGACAACUGGAAGUACGCAGGCGGCGUGGAUGAGAUCGUGGACUGGAGCAAGACUGCCCCAAAGCGCAAGCAGAAGCGCCCAGCCGACAGCGCCGGCGACUUCGAUGACAAGAACGUGGCGAACAAGGUGAAGGAGUACGAGGUGGAGAGGCACGCGCUGUUCUUCACGGACGCGGACUCCAAGCGCAUAUACAAGGAGAACGUCAAGUUUGUCGUCACGCGCAAGAACUCGGUCAACGGCCGUGCCUACAAGGACGACCCCACCAUCUUUGCCUGGGGGCUCCUCAACGAGCCCCGCUGCGAAACCUGGAAGGUGAAGGAGUGCCCCGGGAACUUCCGUGCGUGGGUGGAUGAGAUGGCUGCAUAUGUGAAGCACCUGGACCCCAGCCACCUGGUGACCAUCGGCGAGGAGGGCUUCUUCGGCGAGGACCGGCCUGAGGCGGUGCACAACCCGCAGGGCUGGGGCGGCCAGAUUGGGCAGGACUUCGUGCUCGACCACGCCUCCCCCUCCAUCGACUUCGCCACCACCCACGUCUGGCCCGACAACUGGCAGCGGGUACUGAUUCAAGGUUUCGCCUGCAUCAGGACUGAGGCGGCGUACCAGAAGGAGUGGCUGGAGGCGCACAUGGUGGACGCGGAGGCUGCUCUGGGCAAGCCGGUGCUGCUGGAGGAGUUUGGCAAGCGCCUGAUCAAGGGCAGCGACGUGCAGCUCUUCGCGGACGCCAUCGACCACCUGCGCAACCCAGUCUUCGAAACCACCUACUCCCUCGUCACAGCCGCCAUCCAGUCGGGUCGGCCGCUGCGUGGGGUGCUGUUCUGGCGGUGGGACCUGCAGGUGUACGCAGGCAUGGCGCCGGCCGACUACGGCGUGCAGGUGGCCGACACCACAUUCGACCUCAUCCGCGACAACGCCUCCAAGGUGAAGAUGCUGGCCGCGCAGCAGCCGCCCGACUCCUCCUGCAAGGUCGGCUGCUGGGUGCCCGAUGUCCACUCUGGCACCUUCUCCACCGUCAACCGGUGCGUGAACAAGCCGGCGGUGUGCCAGAGCGCGGCCAAGGCGCUGCAGAAGUCGCCCCUGCUGUCCCUGGCCGCCACCAACAACGCCCCUGUGGAGGUCUACUCCAGCCAGGCCUCCUGCUGCCGCCCCGGCCUCGGCGCGUUCGACAACGGCUGCUCCUUCGACGCCUGAAAACAUAAAAAUCAAAACUGAAACAAAACACAACGUUGCAAGAGCCGAGCUCGAACCCGGGACCCUGUCACUAGCCCUGGACGUGCCCAGUGCAUACAGGAUCUAUUUCUCACUACAGCCUUACUUGAGCUCUACGCAGUGCAUGCAGCCGACCUCAGCUGUCCUGCACUGGGCUCUACGAUACGCUGCCUCUUAAGCCAAGCUGGAUGGCCGUUGGGGAUCGGAGAGGACUUAGAAGGGAUUCUUGGCAGACGCGCGCCCUGUGUUUCAGGGUUGCGCCGACCAUUUUGCGAUGCUGGUGCAGUGCUUGUUUUGGUCAACAGGCAAUGGAAUGGCACAUGGCUUGUGACUGUUGGAUCUUGCCUAGGGGCACAGGUUGUCUGCAUGCCUGGUCCUGUUGACUGCGUAGGUGCCCCUGUUCCUGUUGUGCAUAUGCUGUUGCAGUGCGGUAAAUAGCUUGCCCUGCCUGACACAUGUCCUUUCUGAGGACAUGGCGCCACGAGGCAUUAGACAGGUCCGAUAUUUUUCCGUGUUGGAGGUCACACUGUGUGUGCCGGAAGCAAUUGCUUCUGUGCAGGCCCACAAUAACAACCUUGUUAGCAGCAGGAAGAACAGAAGUACGCUUGGAAAGUGUUGAUGCUGGUGUGGAGCAGGGCAGAGCGUUCCGCUGUCCCUCUCUGAGGUUCAGAGAGUGACUUUGCUGUGGCUGAUGAACACACCCUUGUAGAACUCGAAUUGCAGCACUGAUGACUGUAGGGCAGAUUUUCUUGAUGGCUGGUGAUGUAAGGGACACCAUGUCUGUGAACAGGUGAAAGGGUGUGCAUGCAGUGUUUGCCUGCUUGAUAUAUUCGUGAGCGUUGCUUUGCGUGAGGGCUGCUUUUUGACUGCAAUUUGGCAUUCCUUGUAAGACUGACAUGACUCA